AUGCACGACUCGAACCAUCACGCGCACGGCACAGGCGAGGCGGACGCGAGCGCGCAAGAGCACGACGAGGGAGCCGCCACUCUCGAGACUCGGGAGGGCUCGCUCGCUUCGGCGCAGGAGGACUCGGUCGACGCUGAAUACGAGCAAGAGGAAGUCGCGCAGUCGGCUAGCCUUCCCACAACCCCCUCUCACGCCUCGACGUUCCCCUCGCUCCCAAACUGGGCGCAACUCCAAGCCUCCGUCUCGAGUCCGCCCAGGCCCGACGAAAGAGACGCGAGUCGUCGCAGGUCGUUCGCUGAUUCGGGUGACGGAGGAGGAGGAGGAGGAGGGGGAGAGGAGAGGGGGAGGACGAUCUAUUCGGUUCCUGGCGAGGACGCCGGGAUGGAAGAGGGCGAGGACAGCAGAGUUGCGAAGGUCGUCGCCAGCGAGGGAGGGAACGGCAUCUCCUCGCGCCCGACUCUGACCGACUAUUGCGUCCGCGACCUCGCGCUCGAAGCGGUUCGUCAGGCGCAGAUCGCCGAGUCUGAGGAGGCGCAGGUGGGUGAGAAGCGUGCGCGUUCCGAGGGCGACAAGGAGGACGCCGAGGGCGAGGAGGACACGAUGGAGGACUUGCCGCUCGCUCAGCGUCGUCGGACCGACUACCCUCCCGUUCCUGCCGCCUCGACCUCGACUUCGACGCCAGCUUACGCGCCUCAGCACCCCUUCGCCUACCCUUACCCGCCGCAGCAAACCUCCUACAUCCACGGCCUCCCUCACUUCUCCCCUCCCUUCUCGGGAGGCUACCAGCCCUACAACCCGCACUCCCCUAUCUGUCCCCCUCCCGCUGCGCCAACAACUCAAGCCGGCCGCGCAGUCUGGGGUCUCACUUCAUCCUCCGCGACGGCGCUGGGCGUGUACGGCUCGAGUUCGUCGCCCGCGGCGUGGAGGUACGAUCCGAACCAUGCUCUUCAGCAGCGCGGGGUCCACGGAGGAUACCAAGGCUCGUUCCUGUCGCCUAUCCCGUCCGUUCCGCCUCUUCAGCCGCCCGUUCUCCCGCCCAUCCAGAACCAGAACCAGGGGCAGGGGUACCCCUACCCACGCCCCUCGCCUGCUCCAGCUCAGCAAGGACAAGCAGCCUACGACUCGGACGAGGAGGAAUCGCAGCGCUUCAAUCCCGCUUCUUCGCCCGCGACUACCCGCACGACGAGUGGUGGAACUGGGUCGCCCGCUACGAGUAUCGCUACGCCUCGUCCGUCGACUGGUCACGAGGGCAAGGAGAGGGAGAGGGAGAAGGAGGUGCCGCUUGUGAGCGCGGAGGGAGGGGCGGUCAAGCUCGACCAGCAAACUCCUCAGCAGCAGGCUCAGCAGCUGGUGCCGAUCGCUCCUGCGCCUGCUCCGUCGCAGCAGGAAGGAACGGGAGGAGGAGGGGAAACUGGGACGAAGAGGAAAGGCGGGAGGGGCGUGACGCCCAAGAACGCUUUCACUAUCGACCCUAUCCAGGGUGUCAAGCCUUUCAUCGUCAAGCUUCGCUGGUUGCUCAUGCACCCCGAAAUCGCAGGGGACGUCGUGUGCUGGUCUGAAGACGGGCACUCGGUCCUCGUCAAAGUCGGAGGCGACACCUCGAAGCUGACGGAGGACAUCCUCCCUCGCACGUUCGCGCACUCGAAUAUCGCGGCGUUCCAGCGUUCGUCGGGUUGGGUUGAGAAGUCCUACGGUUUCACCUCGCUCAAAGGCGCAGCCCUCACCGCCGCCCUUCACCAAUCCGAGUCCGCCCCCUCUCCUCCCGCCGGUCCUUCGCCCAUCGCCUCGACUUCGGCUCCUCAGCUCCCCGCCUUCGGUCCCUCCGCCCCCAACCCUUCCUCCUCCGCUCCCGCCCCUGCGCGCGAAGCGAAAGAAUGGCGCGCUUACACCCACUUUCACACCCCCUCGGACGCACUUCUCGCCCGCCAAGCGGAGGGAGGAGGAGAGGAGUGGGAGGACGAGGAGUGGUGGUUUGAGAGAGACGGGAUGGAGGAUUUCGUGUGUUUGGGGAGGUUGAAGGCGAAGGGGAAGGGAGGGGGAGGGGGAGGGGCGAAGAGGAGUAGUACGGCUGGGAGUGCGAGAGGCGCGGUGCAGGGAGUGAGCGGGGCGCAGGGAACGGGAGGAGCGACGGGCCAGGGACAGGGGCAGGGACAGAGCGGCGUGCAGGGCUUGCUCGCGUCGUUCAAGAUUCCCAACAACGGAGGUGGCGGGACGUGA